GGCACAUGGUAGGAGGGCAGCUGCUGGUUCUCUCUCACCAGCACGGCGUUUCUGCACGGAGGAGGAAUUUCACGUGAAGGGGGAGGCGCCCGAGCAAGGCGAGCGGCACGACUGCUGCCCGAAUUUAACAAUUAACCUUGAUGAACACAGAUUGGUUCCACUUAACAGGCGCAGGUGCGUGGAGUUUGCGAUACGGCGCAGCAGAGCGAUUCCAUGUAUAUCACCGGACAUUGACGCAUUUUAUGCCAAACACAGAAACUACACGGAUAGAGGAUAUUGAAGCUGAUAUUUUCUUUUUUUCACGGGACAGGAUACUCGUUGCAAUGGGAGCCCGUCCGACACUCGUCCUCUUGCAGAAUCCGAAUCCAGGAGCAUUGUUGAAUUAAUUUGGAGACCUAGCCUAAAUCGGAAUUUGACCGCCGUGUCAUUGCCCAUUCCAGCAGUCCCAGCAGCUGAGAGGCGUCUUCUUAACGGCGAAGACGAGAAGGGGCGAAAAACUGUCCGCUUCACUACUCUCUAUCUGCGCUCUGGACGGCCUGAAAUGAGGACCACAUCCCGGCUGUGAUCGGUGUGAAGAGGCAAGCGGGGCGGCAGUUUCUUCGGCUCUCAAGGACGCAAAAAAGUGGCCGCCGGCCGAGCUGCUGAGGCAUGGAGCGGGACGACACCGACACCGUGAGCGCGUCCAAAAAGACAAUAAUUGCCAAGAUAUUCAAAGUUCGCAAGAGGAGGGAGAUGCUUUUCGUUCAGGUGUGCUUUAUCUGCAGUGUACUGUUCGUGGCGUGGAGCAUGUCGGCGGUGCUGACCAAGACAGGCCAUGGGAUGAUAGUGGAGGGACAUCCUGAUGUUGAACAUUGGGGAAGACGGCUAAUGGCUUCACUGCCAGACAAUGAAACGGAGCAGAAGAACUGUUCAGCGCCAGCAAUACACGAGUUCCCCGAUGACCUUUUUACCAACCCAGAACGAAAGUCUGGGGCCGUUCUGCUGCACAUCGUAGCGGCACUCUACAUGUUUCUGGCUCUCGCCAUAACAUGUGACGAAUAUUUUGUGACAUCGCUGGAGAAGAUCUGUGAGAAACUUGAUCUAAGUGAAGAUGUUGCAGGAGCCACCUUCAUGGCAGCUGGCAGUUCUGCACCAGAGCUGUUUGCAUCUAUCAUUGGUGUCUUCAUCACCCACGGUGAUGUGGGGGUUGGGACCAUCGUUGGCUCAGCUGUCUUCAACAUCCUUUGUAUCAUUGGUGUCUGCGGGAUCUUUGCUGGGCAGGUGGUGAUUUUGACCUGGUGGGCAGUUUUCAGGGAUUCCUUCUACUACACCCUGUCUGUUUUGGCUUUGAUUGCAUUCAUCUACGAUGAGAAAAUUGUUUGGUGGGAGAGUUUAGUGCUGGUGGUCAUGUAUGCUGGAUACAUCCUUGUCAUGAAAUUCAACACCAGCAUGCAGAGAUUUUUCAUGGGGAAGGGAUCAAAGAAGAAUGUGGCCAAUGGUAACGCUGCAGCCAGCAGUGAGAUGGAGGACGUCAAACCCAACAAGACUUAUAGCCGUGGGUCGGUGGUGAUGGUGGACGAGAUCAUUAACGCCAGCCCUUCAAAGUUCAGGUUUCCAGAAGCUGGCCUCCGUGUCAUGGUCACCAGCCAUUUUGGACCCAAGACCCGUCUGCGCAUGGCCAGUCGCCUCAUCAUUACAGAGCGCCAGAAGUUGGUCCAAGCUGCGAAUGGAGUGGAGACGCAAGUGAUCGACGGGAAGGUUGAGAUCGAGAAUGGAAAUGUGCCAGAGGACAAACCCACCGAGGCGGAGGAAAACGACACCAUCUCACCGUUUCGUCUUCCAAGGAAUUGGGGGAGCAAGGUGAAGUGGCUGCUUUCGUGGCCUCUGCUCCUGUUGCUGUACUUAACCAUCCCGAACUGUGCCAAGCCUCGCUGGGAGAAAUUCUUCAUGCUCUCCUUCAUCCUGUCCACUGUCUGGAUUGCUGUCUUCUCCUACUUCAUGGUUUGGAUGGUAACUAUAAUUGGGUACACUCUGGGAAUCCCUGAUGUCAUCAUGGGCAUCACUUUUCUGGCAGCAGGCACCAGUGUCCCAGACUGCAUAGCCAGUCUCAUUGUGGCUCGGCAAGGUUUGGGAGACAUGGCUGUGUCCAACACUAUUGGCAGUAAUGUGUUUGAUAUUCUAGUGGGACUUGGUGUUCCCUGGGCGAUCCAGACUAUGUGUGUCAGCUAUGGAUCGGAGGUGAUGAUUAACAGUCGGGGCCUGGUGUACUCAGUGGUGCUUCUGCUGGGCUCGGUAGCCCUCACGGUGCUGGGAAUCCACUUGAAUAAAUGGAAGCUGGACGUGAAGCUGGGCUUGUACGCCCUGAUCUUGUACGCUAUCUUCCUCUGCUUCUCCGUCAUGAUCGAGUACAACGUCUUCACCUUUGUCAACCUGCCCAUGUGCAUGGAAGACUAGAGCACAGCAGCAUGCCUCGGAUAUCAGAACCUCAACGAUUCCUACCAACCCAAAAAUCUUUUCAAUAACACUGGGCCUAUCUGCAGAUUUCCUUUUUCCUCCUCCCUUGCGCUUUCUCUGUAAUUCUUUAGUCCCAAAUCAUGAAUCUCAUUUCCUCAAGAGGCAGUACAUGCUGUAAUAGUGAACUCUAUUCUAUGUGUCUAAUUUGUCCUCUUGUCACACAGUGCCAGUCCUUAAUGCCCAUUAUUUCGGGCAUUGCCUGUUAUUGCAGUAAAAUCCUUAUUUUCUCUUAGCGCCUGUUAACUUUCUACCCAUCUAGCAUGCCUUUUUAGAUGUCGGGGACCUCCAGAAUCAUAAGUGCCCCUGUUUCUUGGUGUCUGUUUCCACAUUGUAGAUUUCCACACACCAUUUACAAAGCCUUUUCACAAACCAAACCAGAGUCUGAAGAGCAAAAAAAAAAAUCAAUGACUCCAACCAAAACCCUCCACGUAGAGAGAACUCUCCUUGAAGUGAUUCCCAAAAGAACUAUAGUUACCCCAGCACCCAAAGAGAAUAGUACACUCCUUUUUCCCUCUCUACCCCCUGGAGGAGGGCUUUGUCCUUGGCAGCUCCCCUCCUCCAGCAUGGACCCAAAUCCCCUGGCAUGGCCUUUGGCAUCAGGGAGCAGAUACUGUUAGCGCUUCUCUUCACUCAUCCUCCGCAGUUCUUCUCAACCCUCAACUGCUUGAUCAAAUCUGCUUUGUUUUCUUAAAAAAAGAAGACAUUUUGUCAGGACACUUUGUCAAGAUGUGUCACAGUCAGAUCAGAUGACUGUGAGGGUGUUAUGCAUAUGCAGCACGGCACAAUGUAAACUUGUAAACACUUUUUUUUGUAUUUAUUUUUUCAAAACAAGGUUUUAAAUAUAAAACGGAAGAGAAAUACAGAGGAGAGCUUGUUGCAAAUAUAGGACAUUGCCUGUUUUUCACUGAAACAAAUUGCACAUGGAAAUGCUUUUCCUGCUUUGUGCUGUGAGGAGAUUUGACCACUUAGAGGGGGGAUCUAGCUGAUGGUGGCGACUCCCCAUCAGCGUUAUUUUCAUUCAGUGAUGGGUCUGCCCACGUUUUCCCUCUGCACAACUUUGGAAACCAAAAGUGGCUCCAGAUCUGUGGGAAGUUGUUUGUUUUUUUUUGUUUUUUUGCCAUCAUCUGGUGACCUGUUCUCAUCUUAAAACAGCAGCAGAAUGGAGGUAGUUGUUUAGGAAAUGCAAAGAAACCAGACUGUUCUCAACACUGUCUGCUAUAACACCCUCUGACCAGUAGGGGGUACUGCAGCCCCUCUACCCAGGGCAGGGGUGCAAACCACAGCCAUCGGUUAUCAGGGAAACUAGAAGACGGACAACUCCAGGAGGUGGCAAUAGUGAUGGUUUCUUGAUUUGGUGUAGAUAUUGCACUUUAACAGCUGUCCUCUCAUUCUGAAUCAACUAGUGCUUCCUCCUGUGCGUGAGUCUUUUCAGUUUAUAUGUGACUGAAUGUGUGUGAGUGACAGAACAGUGUGUGUGUGCGCUCCUUAUGGGCGCACUCUACGUUUCUCACACCGGGCUCUAGACUCUGGAACAGACUGGAACCUCUAACACCAUGAGCACACCCACCUCUGUCUGCAGUGCAUGCUGGGACACUAAACGCAGCUCCAGCACAGCAAAAGGCUGAGGGCUUAUGGGCGUCUCCAUGGAAACUGCCCGACCCACUUUACAAAAAUCGGCAGCUACGAGCUACACUGCAAUCCAGACAUUUGACAUCAUGCAAAAAUGCCUAUGGAGGAGUCCACAAGUGAGGUGCAGAGACUAAAAACGGAAAUGUGUGUGGGGAGUGUUUAAGUGUUUAAAAUAUUCCUCUGCCGCACUGUUGGCAGCAGGCACUUGUAUAUGCAAUCUCAGUUUAAAGAAUUCUAUGUGACAGAAGGCCCCUGCAAGGUUGCCAUAUAAAGACGGGGGAUCCCAUGGAGAUGUGACGUUGGUUUGUCUACUAGUGCUUGAUGUGUGAGCUCACAGUUGUGCGUUUGUGACAGGAACGCAGCCCAAAGGAUGGAUGUUUCUGGAACUGUGACUUUUGAGGGAAGUCUGAUUUCUCCUCCUCCACUCUCUCCUCCUUUUCCCUCUUUCUCCACUGUUGUCUACUCUUGCACAUGGGCAUUACCUCUCCACCAACCCCAGCUGAAGGAGCAGAGGGGCAGCAGGAAAUGCAUAGAUGAAUGGAUGGCUUUACUCCACCGCCCUCGGGACAUUUUCAAAGGAACUGGAUGAGGGCAGACUUUAAGGAACUAAAAAAAAAAAAAAAAUUGGACCCCCUUAAGCUGCUACUCUAUCACGGUUCGAUUGGCUGCUUUAACUGGAUGGAGGUGACCACACAGGGCCUACAGACUCCUCCAUACACCCACUGACAUCCUUGUACACAACCCCUUCAACCUUUUUAGUGGGUCUUCUGUACAUACAGGACAGAAUUUUUUGAUGCUUUUUGUGAGGAAGGCACGUCUGUACUGCACUUGAGUUGAUUCCGAAUGUGCAGUGGUACUUUUUGUUGUUGCUCUGUGUGGUCAUGUCCCGGUUUCCAGGUUUGAGUGGUAACAUCACGGCAGGGGGGGAGAGAAAUGGUGAUCCCAUUUCUGUCCUCAUCUUGACACAGUAUGUGUUCUUACCGGUUGUCUGACUCGCAUCUUUGUUACCAAGUCACUUUUUGAAUGAGGGGGAGAAAAAAUAAGUAUUCAGAUACAUGCUUGUCGUAGCUCUGCAUAAAUCCAGAUUGAAUGGAAAUCCUGUGUACAAACUAAGCGCACACAUUUAGAGAAAACACAUAGAAAUGGCAAUUGAUCACGAGAAGACUGGUAUGUAUUUCCUGAUUGAAUGCGACCUGAUGCACUGUGAGCUCAAUGUGACGUGGGAGUUGUUUGUCAAGAAUAAUAAAUGAUCAAAAAAUAUAUUUAAUGUAAAGUUAGUUACUAUAACAUUACUGAGGACAUAUGUAUAACUUAUAUGAAUGUAUUGUCUUGCUAUACUGGACAUAUCCAAUCAAUGCAUUUUACUGUAAAGCAAUAAUGUGAAGAAAAAAAUAAAAUGGCAAAGUAAUUCCUGUA